CUGUCACAUUCUACGUUCACUGCUUGGGGGUAGCAAGUGCUUUGGCCGGGUGCGUUGCCGUACAUUUUCCGCUCCAGCUCGAGUUCGCUCUGAGAAACCAGGCGUGCUUCACGAAAUUAUUCUUUACGAUUAGAACUGAACGCCAAGAAGCCUCGCCCUGGGACGUUAAUGUCGCUCCUUUACCGGACGAAAAUGCCAUUCAAAUAAAUGUUUUUGUCCAGAGGAAAUCGUCUCGGUGCACAUUGAAGAUGUGCGGCUAGCUUAGCUUAGUUUGGACGAGCUGACUGGAUGCGAAAUUUGAACAAAGAAGUGGACGCCUUUUUAAGACACACGCUCCAAACCUCGAUAAAUUGCACCCUUUCGCCGUUUUACACGACUAAAACAACAUCGGUUGACAUUUCGAGUGGUUUGGGUGCGCGUUCAAGCCUCUCAAUAAUGUUAGCUUAGCUUAGCUUACUAGCAGCUAACAAGGAGUCCCCGACUUGGGAGACGCAGAGAUCGAGUGUGCGCGUCAAGCGUUGUGGUUAUCGUUGGAAACAUGUGUGCCAGGAAGUCAGCAGAGGACGUGGAAAAACUUUCUGGGACAAAAAAGGAGGACAAGCUACAACGUCAACUUCUGGACGUUGUGCCCAAGCAGCCUCCAGUUGUGUCACACCGAGCAGACAUCAAUCAAAAAUACCUUCAUCCAAAGCAACAGGAUCCAGAUUGCCCCCACGUAAAAGAGAAAGAUGGGAAAGGAGGAGGACCAGAGCGCGACUACUCCGAAGAGGAAGAAGAGAAGGUGGAUCUCAACAAGUUGCCGUUCCCUUGCGUCACUGUGAAGAUUGAAGGUGAUGAAGAAGAGGCUGACGGAGGGCACCGUGGACCAUGGAAAACCGACGACAACUUAGCGCCACAAUCACACGGUGACGACAUAAUAUCGCACUCUGCUGACUCUGACAAUGAUGCGCACCCUCAACUUGGUAGGACGUGCCACAAAAAAACAAGCGAGACACGCUGGAAAUGUUCGCAAUGUGGGAGUACAUUUUGCUCCAAGUGGGGUUUGAAAGUACACGUGAGAGUGCACACCGGGGAGAAGGCUUUCGAUUGCUCAACUUGUGGUAAAAUAUUUCCCGCACGGUCACACUUGAAAGCACACACCAGAACACACACCGGGGAGAAGCCUUUCACCUGUUUGGUUUGCGGGCGAAUGUUCUCAGCAAAGGGAAACUUAAAACGGCACGCAAGAACGCACACGGGUGAAAAACCUUUUGCCUGCUCAGUUUGUGGUAAAAGAUUUGCCGCCCGGGACACUUUGGGAAAACACGGACAAAUACACACCGGGGAGAAAACGUUUGGUUGCUCAGUUUGCGGUAAAAAAUUCCCAGCGCAGUCACACCUGGAAGUGCACACAAGAACACACACUGGGGAAAAAGCUUUCAUCUGCUCAGUUUGCGGGAAAACAUUCUCUCAGAAGGGUAACUUAAAAAGUCACACAAGAAUACACACCGGGGAGAAACCUUUUGUCUGCUCACUUUGCGAGAGAAGGUUUGCUAACAAGGAACAGUUGAGGAAACACACAAGAACACAUAGUGGAGAAAAACCCUUUGGUUGCUCCACUUGUGGUAAAGGAUUUUCCACGCAGUGGUAUUUAAGAGCACACACAAGAACACACACUGGGGAGAAACCUUUUAUUUGCUUAGUUUGUGGUAAAAAAUUCACUUUUAGGUUAUCUUUGAUAGCGCACACCAGAAUGCACACGGGGGAGAAACCUUUUGCCUGCUCGGUCUGUGGUAAAACCUUCCCUUUUAAGAUAUCCCUAUUAACGCACACAAGGAGGCACACUUGGGAGAAACCUCAUGCGUGUUCAGUUUGCGGCAAAAGAUUUUUUACUAAGCGGCACUUGAUAAGUCACACGAGGUCACACACCGGAGAGAAACCGUUCCCGUGCACAGUUUGUGGUCAAAGAUUCUCUGCGCAGUGCAAUUUAAGAGCCCACGCAAGAACCCACACUGGGGAGAAACCUUUUGUCUGCUCGCUUUGCGGUAAACGAUUCACUCAGAAGGGACAUUUGGAAGGACACGCUCGAACGCACACUGGAGAGAAACCUUUUCCCUGUCCAGCCUGUGGGCAAGCAUUUGCUCAGAAGGGAUACUUAAGCAAACACAUGAGAACACACACUGGAGAGAAACCUUUUGUCUGCUCAGUUUGUGGCAAAAGAUUCUCUUGGAAGAGCCAGGUGAAGAAGCACAAGUGCGCUGGCGUGAAUAGCAACAAGCCAUCAUCAACGAAGCCUUAAAGAGACCCAAUACAUUUCUACUCUUUUUGCCAAGAGGGGAACGUGUUGGCAGGAGAUGGGAUUUUCAAGACAAAACAAGUCUAAAGAGUGUUUGGUGUCUUCCUCACUCUUGUGUCCAUGUUGGUCUCAGUUUAAGAUGACACUUGAGUUUUCACACAUGUGAUGUAAAGUUGACGUAGAUUCAACACGGACAUGAAUGUCCUAUUUUCAGACUGAGAUCAACACACAUUUUAGGGUACUUUUAAAAAGGAGGACGUUUUUUUUUUUUUAAUGUGUGCAACGUUUGCGGAUGCGGGGUGUCCGUUUGGCGUGUGAGUGCGUAGUGACAACAUGGGAAACUUGUUCAAACUCAAAAUCGAGUUGAUGCUUCACAGUUAAACAGAGCGCUGCACCGCAGUGUUGACUGGAGCAGCUUUCCCUCGUCUUUGAAAUGGCACCAAAAAAAAAAAAAGAAAAGAAAUGGAUGGCAUUUUGCUCUGGGGAAAAAAAGUAUUUGUAUGUGGAUAUUGCACAACCGCAGGUUGUUUUGCAGUCAGAUGCUGACUAGUAAUAAAUUGACGUCAUCUGA